GAUUUCUACCACCAGCUCGCCUUCAGUGACGCACGAGAGUCAACCGACGCCUGCGGCCUUGCCCGCGAGUUGAGGGCCCACGCGGACUUCCCGUCCGACCCCGCGAGGGCGCUGGAGGAGCGGGGGGGCGCCGCCGUCCGAGGAGGCUGCCUCGCCGACUCAGAGACGAUCUGCGGGAUGGAGCUCGCCCCCGCGGGCCCCGCGGCGCAGGGGCUCUGCGUCGGCGACCACUUCGUGGUGGAGCGAGUUCAUGUGCAGAGCGCGCGCUCUGAAGCUGGGGCGGACGCGGCCCUGCUGGCCGCCGCCCGCCAGGCCUACGCCCGAGAAGGGUUGCCCGGGUCGACCGCGAAAGCGGUAGCUCAGGAGCUGUUGGCGACGCUGGUGGGCGCCGAGAUGGACGGCAGGCAGGGGCUGGCUCAGCGGGGGCUUGUCACCGCGGGGGCCCCGCUGGAGCGCCGCCUCGCCCUCUCGGCGCUGAGCCUCACCGCGGCUCGCCUGAAGGCCGCGAGCAGGCGCUUGCUGGCCACCCUGGCGCCUUCGUGGAUGGCGGUCUUCGCCGACCGCCGCCCUCUCAUGGCGGUGCUGGACCACAUGUUCAAGGUACUUGGCGUGGCCGAGGCGGGUUUCAAGACGCGGAAGGCUGAGGCCGCCGCCAAGCUGGGCGCCGUCUACGGUCUGCCGAAGCCCGUGAAGGAUGAGCUCGCGUUGGCGCCCGUCCUCGCUCCGAUGGCGGUCACCGACAUCUCCGCCCCGUACGACGACAGGAUCAACGCCGUGGAUGCAUCUCAGUCGAAGGGGACCGCGGUGAGCACCCCCGCUCCUGCCGGCAUGGUCGCCCGCCUCUGGCGGUGCGGGGAGCGGCGCGGCGGGUGCCCCCGCCUCGAGUCGGCGCCGAAAGUGGCCUCGAGGGAGAUCGGCCAGCUGCGCGCCAGCGCUGAGCCAGCCCACUUCGAUGUCCUCGACGAGCCCGGGC